AUGAACUAUGCUGGCAUUCGCAAAACGCCUCUAGCUGAGGCUGAGUUGGCGUACAUGUGCGCCUACCUGCGGGCCGCGGUGACAGCGAGCCCGCAGCUGAAGAUCCUAAACCUCGACUUUUACCCAUACGGCAUAUUUAGCGGGUCUAGCGACCGCGAUGAGGACCUGUUGGAGCCUGGUCCUGUGUUCACAUCGCGCACGAUGGGCUGUGGCGACACUAUUUCUCAGCUGACACGCGUCAUAGUACACGACAUGGCGCUCAAGUCUGACGAGUUGGCGCCGCUGCUAUCGCGGCUGGGUGCCAAGAUGUCCUACCUCUCGAUGUACAAUAUUACAUUGCUCGAUGCCUGCUGGGCACCGCUGCUCGAUGCUGUGCGGGACAUCAUUUCGCAGCGCUGCCGGGUGAACCUGUCAGACCUUCUUGGCGCCGAGUUUGGCAACGAAAGGCGUGAGGAACUCGACUUCUUCGAGGCCAGGCCGGAAGAGUGGAAGGAGAGACUUGGGGUUCCACCGCUGAUGCAGGAUACGAUGGAUUAUGUCUGCGGAAGGACGGAUAUCAAUCCGCUGACAAAGCUCGGUGUAGACCUACAAGCAGCCAGACGGUUAAUUAGCAGCCGUUUAGUCGAUAUAUAG